CAGGUUUAAAAUAAAUAUAAUGAUGUGUGGUUAAGCUAAUUUUUAGCUCCUCCCCUAUGCCUGGCUCAUGUGAUUUUAGAUGAACGGGAACCCUGUGCAGUAUAAAAGAACAGUGACUAAGUGAAUUCUAACAGAUUUAGAACCAUGGGGGAUGAUGAGAUUGCAGCCUUGGUUGUAGAUAAUGGAUCUGGGAUGUGUAAAGCUGGGUUUGCAGGCGAUGAUGCUCCCAGGGCUGUAUUUCCCUCCAUUGUGGGACGCCCUCGACAUCAGGGUGUUAUGGUGGGAAUGGGUCAGAAAGACAGCUAUGUUGGUGAUGAAGCCCAGAGCAAGAGAGGAAUUCUGACCCUAAAGUAUCCAAUUGAGCAUGGAAUUGUGACGAACUGGGAUGAUAUGGAGAAGAUUUGGCACCACACCUUCUACAAUGAGCUGAGAGUUGCCCCAGAGGAGCAUCCUGUUCUCCUCACAGAGGCACCUCUGAACCCCAAGGCCAACCGGGAGAAGAUGACCCAAAUCAUGUUUGAGACAUUUAAUACACCAGCCAUGUAUGUCUCCAUUCAAGCUGUGCUAUCCUUGUAUGCUUCUGGGCGCACUACAGGCAUUGUGUUAGACUCUGGCGAUGGGGUGACCCACACAGUACCCAUCUAUGAGGGCUAUGCCUUGCCCCAUGCCAUUCUACGGCUAGAUCUGGCUGGCAGGGACCUCACCGACUAUUUAAUGAAGGUUAUGACUGAACGUGGAUACUCGUUCACAACCACAGCCGAGAGGGAGAUUGUACGAGACGUAAAGGAGAAGUUGUGUUAUGUGGCUCUUGACUUUGAGGCUGAGAUGAUGAUGGCUGCCGCCUCCUCAUCCUUGGAGAAAAGCUACGAGUUGCCCGAUGGCCAAGUCAUCACCAUCGGCAAUGAGCGUUUCCGGUGCCCAGAGGCUUUAUUCCAACCUUCUUUCCUAGGAAUGGAGACAACUGGGAUACAUGAGACCACCUUUAAUAGUAUAAUGAAAUGUGAUAUAGAUAUCAGGAAGGAUCUAUAUGCCAACACGGUAUUGUCUGGUGGAUCCACUAUGUACCCAGGCAUUGCAGAUAGAAUGCAGAAGGAGAUUACAGCCUUGGCUCCAAGCUCAAUGAAAAUUAAGAUCAUUGCUCCGCCCGAGAGGAAAUAUUCAGUCUGGAUUGGAGGUUCUAUCUUGGCCUCUCUCUCCACCUUUCAGCAAAUGUGGAUCACCAAGCAGGAGUAUGAUGAGUCCGGACCGUCCAUAGUCCAUCGCAAAUGCUUCUGAGUUUAAUUGAGCUGUGUUCUAUGUAGAACAUUUUCUUCAAGCUGCUAAAUUUUGUUUUUUGUCUAUGCUGUUUGAAAUGCGUAUUGAUAUCUAUCUUGUAGGCAGGUUUUCCAGUUUGUGCCUAGAGGUGUCUUGGUUUAGUCCUAUCAAAAAUUGUACGCACCCUUGCAAAUCUUUCUAUUAUCAUGCACUGCCCUUGACAUGUUUGGCUGAUCAUUGGCAGUACAAAAUUGUUAAACCAACUCUUUCAUAGUGUACACAAUUGGAACCAAGGGUUUCUAAGUCACCUUGGGCAACUAACAUUUGCUUGAGAGCUUUUUGCAAUUAGUCAUGAUCUCUAUGCAGUAAAGUGACAACUGAAUUUUGUUCUUUUAAAAAAUGUUAGGUAAUGAUUUGAAAUUGUACAGUACCAGUUUCAUUGUAUUUCCUGUUUUAAAUGUAGAUUUUGUUCCUCGCAUCUCCAUGAGCUUGUUCAAAGUAUACGUUGCUGCUGAGCUCGCUUCAAAGUGUGCUUAUUGUAGACUUACAUUUUAGUGAAGGGGUUUAGAGAUGAAGUAAAUAGGGAUGAUUUGCAUUUGGCUGUCUCAGAGCUUUUGGCACAUUGGCUUUCAUAAAUCAAAGUACUGAGUACAGGAGUUGGGAAGUUUUGUGGAAGUUGUAUAAGAUGUUGGUGAGGCCUAAUUUGGAGUAUUGUGUGCAGUUCUGGUCACUUACUAGAGGAGAUAUAUCAAUAAGCUUGAAAGGACGCAGAGAAAAUUUACAAGGAUGUUUCCAGCACUUGAGUGCCCAAGUUAUAGGAAAAGAUUGAAUAGGUUAAGACUUCAUUCCCUAGAGCAUAGAAGAAGGAAGGGAGAUUUAAUAGAGGUGUAAAAAAUUGAGGGGUAUGGAUAGGAUAAAUGCAAACAAGUUUUUUUUUCAGAGAGGUUGGGUAAGAUUAGAACUCAACAUCUUGGGUUAAAGGUGAAAUGCUUAAGGGGAAAAUGACGGGAAAUUUCUUCACUCGGGGAUGUGAGUGUAGAAUGAACUGCCAAUGCAAGUAGAUGCAGGGUCAAUGUCAACACUUGAGAGAAAUGUGGAUAGGUACAUGGUUGGGAGGGGUAUGGAAGGGUAUGGUUUGGAUAUAGGUCAAUGGCACGAGGCAGCUUAAUAGUUUGGCACAGACCGUAAGGGUCAAAGGCCCUCUUUCUGUUCUACAACUUGAAAUGAUUUUAGAUUCUCUGUACACUACUGAAAUGUGCUCUGGAAGUUAGCACGGGAAAUGAGAUCUCGACAUGCCAAUUCCCAUGGUUAGGGUUUGACAAUGUGACAUUUAUUUUCUACCAGAACUGAUUUUCUUUGCAUCCAUAUUUAUUAAAUUUUUUAAUCAAUGGCAUAACUUGUAUUAACUUUAUCCUUCACUUGCCUUGAAUCCCACUGAAUCUCUUAAAGAAGAGAAGUGCAGUCUGCUUUGUCAACAAGCUAUUGAUGUAAAUGGUCUAAUGAAUGUAGUACUCCAGUUAAAUAUUGUACAAGCUUUGUUCUUCUAGGCUGCCAGUUUUUGACUCUUCUUCCAAAUGUGUGUUUUGAUGGCCUUUUUCGAUGUCCAAAUCUGAACUAAUCUGUACGUUAUUAUCAAAGUAUGGAACUCUAUAUAACACAGUAAAUAAAUCUUAA